CCGUUCGGCACAUCACUAGUUCAGACCUUGUCGCAAAGAUUCUUGGGAUUUUACCGGAAACUGUAGCUACCUAGUGUCCUUGGACUUCUGUUGUCACCUCAAGAAAUACAUUUUCCAAAAUGUACCGGCAGUUUAUGUGUCUUCAGCAGCUGUCCAGGCGGACGAUAUGCAGUACUGCCCGCAGACAGGUGGACAACAUGGUCAAGGAGAAGCAGAAGCUGUUCCAGGCGGAUAAUGGGAUUCCAGUCCAUCUGAAGGGAGGAGCCAUGGAUGCUAUUCUCUACAGGCUAACAAUGGGACUUACAGUCUUUGGAACUGGGUUUGUCGUGUAUGAACUCCUCAGUGCUUCGAUGCCCAAGAAGUCAUAAGUGUCCUUGUCUAUGUCCAUCCAUAAAUGACUCUUCUCUGUUGUACAAAUUUAUGAUCUGGGAUAUUUUGUCCUAUCAGUUAUGACAUGUUUAAUGCCUGGGAUCAAUAUUUAUUCAUUGUACUACAGAUAAUAAAAACACCAAUACAAAGUACUAUUCAAGUGAAUAUCUUAAAUUAAAGAUUGUCAUACAUCUGA